AUGGAGCCGCUCCAGAAGGUGCUGCAGGCUUUUAAGACAGCAAAUCUCACACUAAAGCUCGCAAAAUACGAAUUCUUUAUGCCUGAAGUAACAUUCCUAGGAUUCAAGAUCACACGAGAUAGAAUCCGACCAGGCCCAGACAAGCUAGAAGCUGUGAGCCAGUUCCCCAGGCCAAGAAACGUACACGCGGCACGACCGCUUACGGAACUUACAAAGAAGGAGAAGGAAUUCGUCUGGAGCGAUGAACAAGAACGAGCUUUCGAGUCUUUGAAUGGCGACACAGACUGCGAUCGGGAAGAUCGUCUCGAUGUUCUCUUUACCAUGGACGAAGUAGACCGGAUCUCAGCGGUGCAGAGAACUGACGCGGAACUGGGACACGUAACUGAAGUACUUAAAAAGAAACCAGAAGAAAGGAGCAAUCAGCUGAGAGCACUGGACGCCGAUGACGGUUCAGAAAGAACCCUCAAUGAAAUCAGACAACUGGCGCGGGAGUCCAUCGAAGGGCAACAAAUGAAACAAGAGCACUACUACAAUCUAAGGCGACGAGCUGCCCCCAAGUAUGACGCAGGUGACAUUGUUCUGGUGAAGCGUCUUCCCGUUCAUACUGGGAAGCCGACCAAAACGCAGCAGAAGUACCGGGGGCCGAUGGUGAUAGAUGCCGUGCUACCCAACGACAC